GUUCACUUUGGUGUCCUUUUACUUCAUUUCUCUUUCCUUGGCAACCAAACCAAACCCCUUCUCUUUUCUCAUCUCUUAAAAAGAAAGCUGAAAUGGUUGUUGGUUGGAGUUGUGGUGCCCAGUGGAGUGUGCGUCGAGUUGAAUCUAUUCACCAUUGGGUCUCAGCUAUUGCUCUUGGAUGAUCCACGCACUAACACUACCUCACACUUCGUUCUUAAGAGUUAGCCCAUCCUUCCAGUUAGACUGCAGUAGCAUACUCAUUUUCCCCUGACCAAAAUAUCCAUGAAGGCUUCUUAUAUUUGACGUCUUCUUACCAUUAUGGAUCACAAGACUUGGCUUUGGGGUAAAAAGUCCACACAGAAGACAAUUUUAGCAACUGAUAAAGCAAAUCUCACUUCAAAAGAAAAUGAAGAGGUACAGGCACUUCAAAUUGAUAAAGAAAAAUUGGAGAAAGACUUAAAAAGAUUAAACGAUAAGCUUGCUUUAGCACUUUCUGAAUGUAAUGCUAAGGAUGAGCAAGUGAAGAAACAAACAAAAAUUGUGCAAGAAGCAGUGGCAGGAUGGGAGAAGGCAGAAACUGAAAUAUUGUCUAUGAAGCAACAUCUAGAAGAAUCUAUACAGCAGCAAUUUGUUUACGAAGAAAGAGUAGCCCAUUUGGAUGGUGCUCUCAAGGAAUGUAUGCAACAAUUACGUUUUGUUAGAGAAGAACAAGAGCAAAGGAUUCAUGAUGCUGUGACGAGGGCUUCAAAAGAAUUUGAACAAGCACGCAUUGUUUUGGAGGAGCAGCUCUCAGAGACUAGUAAAAGUCUAGCCAAAUCUGGGGCUGAAAAUUCUCAUCUUAGUAAGUCUGUUGUUGCUAAAGAAAAUUUGAUUGAAGAUCUGAAAAGACAACUGGCUCAUGCGGAGGCAGAUCAUACUGCAUUGAUGAUUAGAUUAGAGUCCAUUGAGAAAGACAAUGCUUCUUUGAAGUAUGAAGUUCGAGUGCUUGAAAAGGAACUUAUUAUUCGAAAUGAGGAGAGAGAAUUUAAUCGUCGAACAGCUGAUGCUUCUCAUAAGCAGCACUUACAAAGUGUUAAAAAAAUUGCCAAGUUAGAAUCAGAAUGCCAGAGGCUACGUCUUCUGGUUCGAAAACGGUUACCAAGUCCUUCUGCCCUGGCAAAAAUGAAAAAUGAAGUUGAAAUGCUGGAACAGGAUUCACUUGAGACAAGGAGGAAACAGUUGAACUCAACCAGUUUAAUGGAACCUUUAGUUGACAUAUCUCCUGAGACUAUCAUUAGAAGAAUCACUACUUUGACUGAGCAACUAUGUGCUGUGGAAGAAGAAAACAAGACUUUGAAAGAAUCCCUAAAUAGGAAAACAAAUGAAGUCCAAUUCUCAAGAAUAAUGCUUGCUCGUACAGCUUCUAAACUGUUGCGACUUGAGUCUGAGCUUGAAUCUAGAGGUCACGGGACCUUGGAGCAGCCUAGAAGUAAUCUUGCAUUGCAAGAUUUCUCUUUGGCAUCAAUGUCUGACAUUAGCAGUGAUGACAAGGUUAGCUUUGCUGAAUCCUGGGCUUCUGCAUUGAUUUCAGAAUUGGAGCACUUUAGAAGUGGAAAACAGAAGGAAUCAUUGUCUUGCAGAAGUGUUGGACCUUCAGACAUAAGCCUUAUGGAUGAUUUCCUUGAAAUGGAAAAACUAGCAGUGGUCUCUGAUGAAAGAGCCCCAGAAAUUUCACAUGCUUCUUCAGAAGCAAAUAAUGAAAUAAAUGGCUUCUCAGAGACUGGACUGAAUGAGAUUACCUCUGAAAAAAUAGGUAAGGAAAUCGUUCCUGUGUCUGAUCAUUUGUCAGAGUUCUCAACAUCAAAUCGGGAAAUAUGUUCCAAUGAUAUAUUAAAGGAUGAUAUUCCCAGUUGGCUUGUGGAUCUAGUAAAAGCAAUCUUGGAACAAAACUGUGUCACUCAUAAGAACCUUGAUGAUAUACGUGAGGAUAUUGGAUUGGCUUUGAGCUAUCUAAAUAAUACAGAUCAAUGUGGGUUUGAUUCAAGCAACGGCUUUGGUCAAUUUGAUGCAUGUAAGCCUCCCCAUUUUAGUCCCCACGCCUCACAGGAACCUAAUUCUAUGUUAGAUCCACGUGGUGAAGUAAAUGAUUCUGAGAUUUUACCAACAAAGGGAACUAAACAACAAUCUCAGAGUGAUCUGAGUAAAUCAAUAGGUAAAAUAAUUGAGCUUAUUGAAGGAAUCAGCAUGCCUGCUGAGGAUUAUGAUAAUUCAGAUUUGUUGUGCAAAAGAGAUGGAAAUAUCCGCACACAUAAGAAUCAAGGAAUGCCAUCAGGCUAUAUGGCUCGUGUUUUCCAAUGGAAAACAUCUGAACUCCGUAAUGUCUUACAGCAGUUUCUCCGUGUGUGUUACAAUUUGAUUAAUGGCAAGGCUGAUCAUGAAAAAUUUGCCACAGAACUAACUACAGCUUUGGACUGGAUUAUGAAUCACUGCUUUUCACUUCAGGAUGUUUCUAGUAUGAGGGAUGCAAUUAAAAAGCAAUUUGAUUGGGAUGAGACACAGAGUGAAAAUGAAGCCGAAACCAUGUUCAUAGAUUCACAUAAUUUUUCUUGUCAUGCUCUAACUAAAGAAAUGCAAUAUGAUGAGAAGGAAGGAUUUAAAAAUAUUAAAAAUAAAGUGACCAAUUCUGAAUCGGAGAAGGAAGCCUUGGAAUUGGAAGGGAGGCUCCAAUCAACCAUAAAUAAACUUCAGGAAUCAGAAAAAAUUAUUGGCAGCUUGAGAUUGGAGUUACAAACCUUGAAAGAAUCCAAUCGGAUACUUGAGGAUCAAAUUCAAAGUCAUGCAUUCAUAAAAGCAGAACUUGACACUCAGCUUACCGAAACUGAAUUAAAAGAGGCUAAUCACAAGGUUUUGGCAUUAGAAGUGGAACUGGAGAACAAGAACCAGUAUUGUGAAGAACUAGAGACCAGAUGUGUUGAACUUCAGCUCCAGUUUGAAAGCAUGACAAAGGAGUGGUCAAGCAAUGACAUUCAUCAGAAAGAUGAGCCGUUGCAAACUGACUGGGAGAUAACUGCUGCUUCAGAAAAGUUGGCAGAGUGUCAAGAAACCAUCCUUAACCUUGGAAAGCAGUUAAAGGCAUUAGCAGCACCAAAGGAUGCCUCCCUUUUUGACAAUGCCAUCACCACCCAACUACAUACAAUCACAAAUACAGCUACUGUCCCUCGAAAGGACGUGAAAGUGAAAAUUCAAUCUACUCUAUGUGAUCAGACAGUGGCUGAUGAUGAUACUAAAGCUAAGGUUAGCAAAGGUAGUGAAAGAAGCUGCAGUCCCACCAGCAUUCCUGGCUUUAAACAGCCCCUGGGAAAGAUUUUAGUUUUGAAUGGACUUAAAGGCCAGGAUGACAAUGCUAGUGUUAAUUCUUUGGCUAUUGUACCUGCCAAGAAAUCUGGUGGUCGAAAUUUUUGGAAAAGGCUGUUAUGGAGAAAGAAGAAAUCCAAAAGGAAAACUCAAUUUGCAUUUAACACAUGAAAUGCAAUUCUAGUGUUGUUUUAGUAUUUCCUUAGAGUGGAGGGAAAUUAUAUCUUGAUUGCUAUAUUUAUAAUGGACAGAGUUGAGUGAUAUUUGUGUGUCUUGCUCGACUCUUGUUUAUACGACUGAAAACUAACAAGUGAAAAUUCAUGUUAUUGGAUGCAUGGGACAUUGUUGUUAUGGCAUAUAUACUUAACAGGUUUUGUGAGCUCAUAU